AUGCCUGAAGGAGAGGAAGACUUCUCCUCUUUACCGUUCCCCGAUCGUUUCGCACAUAAGAACUGGAAAGUACGAAAAGGAGGAUACGAAGAUGCCAAACAGCAAUUCGAGAAGACGGGCGACGAAUCCGACCCAAUUUUUGCACAAUUUCAAGACGCCAGUUUAUGGAAAGGCGCAGUUACAGACUCUAACGUCGCUGCGCAACAAGAUGGGUUAGCGGCAUACUGUGCGUUCCUGCAGUAUGGCGGCCCGGCAGGCUGCGCAAGGACGCGCGGAGCCACAGUUCCUGGUAUCGUUGAGAAAGGCCUACCACAAACCAGACCCGCGGCGAAAGCAAGCGCGCUCGAGGCGCUACUCCUCUGCGUCGAGUUGGAUAAACCGGAAGCCGUUAUUGAAGAAAUCUUGCCCGUUCUAUCACACAAAGUGCCAAAGGUUAUCGCCGCUACACUGGCUGGUUUGACUGCCAUUUAUCAUAAUUUUGGGUGCAAAGUCGUCGAUCCCAAGCCAGUGUUGAAAGCUUUGCCUAAGGUGUUCGGGCACGCCGAUAAAAACGUCCGUGCGGAAGCACAAAACCUCACAGUGGAGCUGUAUCGAUGGCUCAAAGAAGCUAUGAAGCCCGUAUUUUGGGCUGAACUGAAACCCGUCCAACAACAAGAUUUAGAGAAAUUAUUUGAAUCAGUGAAACAAGAGCCACCUCCCAAGCAGGAGAGACUUACCCGAGCUCAGCAAGCUGAAGUUGACGCAGGUGCUGGCGGAGGUAGUGAACCCGGCGAAGCCGGUGGGGAGGAUGAUUAUGGGGAGGACGACGGCGGCGAGGUUGAUGCCUUUGAUCUUGCAGAGCCCAUUGACGUUUUCCCCAAAAUCCCCAAAGAUUUCCACGAACAGCUAGGGUCAUCGAAAUGGAAGGAUAGGAAGGAGGCCUUGGACGCCUUGUAUUCAGCAUUGAACGUUCCGAAGAUCAAGGACGGCCCGUUUGAUGAGAUCGUGCGCGGCCUGGCCAAGUGUAUGAAGGAUGCUAAUGUCGCGGUUGUGACCGUUGCAGCCAACUGCAUUGAUCUUCUCGCAAAGGGUACCCGCAGCGCGUUCGUCAAGCACCGCCCUACGGUCAUGCCACCGAUCAUGGAGCGGUUAAAGGAGAAGAAGCAGACUGUCGCGGAUGCCCUCGGACAAGCUCUGGAUGCCGUUUUCAUUGCAACCACCUUGUCAGACUGUCUGGAAGAUAUCUUAGAGUUUGUCAAGCACAAAAACCCCCAGGUGAAGCAGGAGACCGUGAAGUUUUUAAUUCGAUGCCUUCGCAACACCCGGGAUGUGCCCUCAAAGCCAGAGGUCAAGUCAAUAGCUGAUGCUGCUACCAAACUCCUUACCGAUUCUAGUGAAGUGAACCGUGCAGGUGGUGCUGAAAUACUUGGUACUUUAAUGAAAAUAAUGGGUGAAAGAGCGAUGACUCCUUUCCUCGACGGACUCGACGAUAUCCGAAAGACUAAGAUUAAGGAAUACUUCGAAACAGCAGAAGUCAAAGCGAAGGAUCGGCCUAAACCCAUCGUUGGACCGCCCAAAGCAGCGCCUCCCUCAGCGAAGAAGCCAGUUGGGACUAAGAAGCCACUGGGACUGAAAAAACCUGCCGCAGCAGCUCCACCACCACCCGUUGAAGAGCCUGCCCCUGCACCCUCACCGUCAAAGCCUGCAACUAAAGCUGUUCCUUCCAAGCGUACGCUCCCAACACCGGGCGGUGCACUGAAAAAGAAACUUGGUGGGCCAGGAGGUUUAGCUUCGCCUCAAAAACGAGUUAUUUCACCACCUUCUGAAGAGCAACCUCAGCAACCUCCUGUCUCAAAGUUCGGCCUCGGGAGAGGCCUUGCGGGUCGCCCAAUUGCUAGACCGCCAGCUCCUGCCGAACCAGCCCCAGCACCUGCCGCUCCUGCUGUGAGUGGACUUACUGCUAUAGAACGGGCUGAGCUCGAGGAGCUCCGGCUUGAAAAGGAACGACUUGUCCGCCUAAAUGAAGAGUUGAGGUCCGAGAAAGCGAAAUUGAGUACAACAAUAGGAGAGCUUCAAAACCAAAAUGCGCAGCUCAUUGAAGAUCAUACGAGAGAUGUUCUGAGCAUCAAGGCCAAAGAGACACAGCUCACCCGAGCACGAAGUGACGCAGAGGCAGCCGAUCAGAACGUCCAGAAGCAAAAGCGGGAGAUUGAACGUUUGAAGCGUGAGCUAUCAAGAGCCCUUCGUUCCGGAUCGAUGAGUUCUCCAACUGCUAUUCCUGAUCAGUUUGGCAUGGCGAUGCCUGACCCGGGCUCCUUAUACCAAGAUCCGAACAAUGCUCAUUCCGCAGUGGCGCGAAGUGGUCUGCAUAUGGGUCCUCGGUUCGAAAGUACGCGGCCACGGAGCUAUGCCUCUGCUAGCCCUAGCGAGGAGAAGGAAAAUGGCCUUGAAUCACCGGGGCUUGGUCGACGGAAGUUCAGCCCUACGUUUGGAAAUCCUUACUCGGGUAUGGCUAGUCCUACAAGGUCAUCCCUUGUCGGAUCGGGCAGCGCCUCAGGCGAGGAACAGCCGACUCGAAGUACAGAACCGGCAGAAAACUGGAGGAGAGCCGCUGAAGUCACAAGCCAAUUGAAAGCUCGAAUCGAACAGAUGAAGGUUAAACAAGGCCUUAUUGGACGACAACCAGCCCAACGCUAACGAUCUAACGCCCGUCCUUUAAAGUUUUUGCGUUUCUCUUGUUUCAGCCUAGCGAGUUUUCACCCUUCCUGUACGGUCAACUUUAGGAAUGUGCCUGAUUUUGAUUCCCAUCUUCUGUCUAGAAUGUAUUAUGCCCAGGAGACUGUGAGUUUUCGCUUGUGUCUCUUUUCUAUGUUUUGCUUUUCCAUUGGGGGUCAAAAAUGGGAUUCUUUUAUGGGAUGAUUUCUUAAUAUCUCCCUGGUUUGCAUAUGGUCGGGUUUCUUCAUUUCGUUUUCUUCUGUCAGGCUUCGGAGCUACUUCGUUAGCUAUUACUUCUGCAAGCGCUGAUACUGAUUGGUAUUUCUUGAUAC